GCUGAGCUGCAGGACGCGAUUCUUGGGAUGGAGCCUCUGGGCUCAGCCAGGCUGAAUUCCAGGAAGAGAAGGAAAGAGGGGGUCGGACCCAACGGGGCCACUGAGACUGAUGGCAUUCCUACCAAGAUGCCCCGGAACUGUUUGGGUCUUCGGGAGCCGGCUCCAUUUUCUGAUGAGCUUAAAGUGGAUUACAGCAAGCCAUAUAGCCGGGUCACAUACGAGGAGGCCUUGCGAGGGACCCCGUUGGACAGGCCGAUCAGGGUUUACGCCGAUGGGAUAUUCGAUCUUUUCCACUCUGGACAUGCCCGGGCUUUGAUGCAAGCAAAAAACCUCUUCCCAAACACAUACCUCAUUGUAGGAGUCUGCAGCGACGAGCUGACCCACAACUUCAAGGGCUUCACGGUGAUGAAUGAGGCUGAGCGCUAUGACGCUGUGCAGCACUGCCGCUACGUGGACGAGGUGGUGCGGAACGCCCCGUGGACACUCACGCCGGAGUUCUUGGCUGAACACAGGAUUGACUUUGUUGCCCAUGACGACAUCCCGUAUUCCUCUGCUGGGAGCGAUGAUGUCUAUAAGCACAUAAAGGAAGCCGGAAUGUUUGCACCAACUCAGAGGACCGAAGGGAUUUCCACAUCAGAUAUCAUCACCCGCAUCGUCCGUGACUAUGAUGUCUAUGCGCGGCGGAAUCUACAGAGAGGUUAUACAGCCAAAGAGCUCAAUGUCAGCUUCAUCAACGAGAAGAAGUACCAUUUGCAAGAGCGUGUUGAUAAGGUGAAGAAGAGAGUGAAGGACGUGGAAGAAAAGUCCAAGGAGUUUGUCCAGAAAGUGGAGGAGAAAAGCAUUGACCUCAUCCAGAAAUGGGAGGAGAAAUCCCGCGAGUUCAUCGGCAACUUCCUGGAGAUGUUUGGCCCCGAAGGAGCGCUGAAACACAUGCUGAAGGAGGGCAAGGGCCGCAUGCUGCAGGCCAUCAGCCCCAAGCAGAGCCCGAGCAGCAGCCCCACACACGACCGCUCCCCCUCGCCUUCCUUCCGCUGGCCCUUCACAGCCCGGACGCCGCCCUCCUCCCCGGCCAGCCUCUCCCGGAAUAAGUCUACGGUCGCCUACGACAUCAGCGAGGACGAGGAGGACUGAGCAGGGAGGGGAGCGUCGCGGAUUCGGAACGGGCGGA